AUAUUAAAGCAUCUAAACGCCUUUUUCGCCUUCCAUUCGAAUUUGAUGAUGAUGAUAAGUUGGGGCAAUGGGAUAUACUUCUUAGUGAAAACGCUAUAAAAGACAUUCAGAAGUUAGAAUCUGAUGUUGAUUAUGGAUUCUCCAUUCGGAUAUACGAAUUUACACAACUCGUGAAGGUUUGGGCUGUUGCUGAAAAUAUUGACGAAAUAUUGAAGAAUCUUGCAUUGGCACAUGAAAGUUACACCAAAGAACACAGUGCCAAAUGUAGAUACAGACAGACUAGUCAAGAUGGCAGUAAUCUACCUAUAAUUUUUGGAGGAGAGGAGACAACAAAGUCUUCUGAGGAUGGAUUGCGUGACCCCCAGCUGGAUGAUGAAAAAUUAUUAGAAAUACACGAGAUGCUUGUUACAAAUAAAUUUACACCUAUAUCAAAG